CAUCUUCACCACAGAUAGCAGUAUAGAUAGAUUCCCAAUAACCUCCAGAAGCCUUAUAUCUAGCUGAGUUUGAAUUUCCACUAGACCUUUCCGACUAAAUCGAACAAAAACCUCGUUUUCCCUUGCAACCGAGAUAAACUUUGAAGCUAAUCCAUACUGAACAUAUUCCUAUAUCGAAUUCCAGUUCAACGCUACUGAAGAAAUCUACUAAAAUAAGAAAAAAAAUUCUUUAUUGGUACCUCAACCAUCGGAAGGAUCCAAUUCUGUAACAAAAAUAAAGGAGAUUUCGCUCAUUCUUCUAAAUUUUUCAACCACUUCCAAGCAUGCUAUUACUUUUAUUACCCUAUAUAAAUUUUUUUGAAUUUUUUCUCAUGAUCUUCACUAAUCCUCCCUUCAAAAGGUGAUUUUUGCAGGAUUUCUUUGAUGCUUUUUGUAUUUUUCAGAUUUCUCACGAUCCCUGUUGCAGGAUGGAGCAGAAAUCUCCGAAUAUGGAUCUCUUGAUGCUGGCUAUCGAAUGCUGCUUUCCACGAUUCUCUACGAUGCUUCCUUCAAAAGGUGAUUUUUGCAGGAUUUCUUUGAUACUUUUUGUAUUUUUCAGAUUUCUCGCGAUCCCUGUUGCUGGCUACGCGGAAAAUCAUAUGGAGUUUACUUUAGAUGCGGGCGUGCAUGUUAGGUUAUAGAGAGUGCUCCGGCAAGAUCUGUUGGAAGUGUGAUUUCUCUUCUUUUUUUGUGAUUUUUAGUAGGUGUUUUUUGCUGUCUGCAUUUGGUUAGUGUGAUUCCUAUCGAAAUGUAGCAGAAUUGAUGUCUGUAGUGUGCGCACUAUUGAUGAGUGUGGUUUAGGAAUGUAUUUUUUUUCUUCAGAACUACGGCCGUAUACGGUCGGUCACGAUGUUGGUACGGUCGUUUACGUUGCAGUGUUUGGUCGUUUCCUGUUUAUGAUACAGUCGUACACGGGUUCGAAACGGUUGGUGUGUACUACCGUAUACGACACGGCGAUAUACGGCCGUAAUACGGCGCAUACCAAAACGUUAAAAUACGACCCGUAUACGUCAUCGUAAACGGCCGUUUACGGCCGUAUCUAGUCGUCGUAAUGCUCAACCUGGGACAAUUCAUAUAACAAAUCAACAAAUAGAUUCAUAUAAAAUUCAACAAAUAAAAUCAUAUAUUAAUUAUUUUAUACAUUCAUUAUUAUUACGAUAUGAAGAUAUUCAAUCGAUUAAGUUAAUUCUUUUAAAUCGAGUAUUUUUUAAUAUUUUAUACAAUGAUUUGUAUGAAUUAUUAUCCAAUGAAUUGAUAUGGAAAAAAUUAAUUUGUUUUACAAAAGUGAAUGAACAUAAUAAAGGGCCAGUUCAUUUAAUAAAGAAGAAUGAAUUAUUGACAUUUUUUCCUUCAAUUAAUAUAGCAUAUCUAAUUACAGUACUUCGGUUAAUAAUUGCUUAUGCAAUUUGUUAUGAUCUUCGAUAUUUAAUUGAAAUAUUUAGAGAAAAAAUGACAGUAUAUUAUAAUACUUUGUUAAUAAUAUCAUUGUUGUUAUUAUUAUUUGUAACCAUUGAUUGUUUACCAAUGCUUUAUCAUCUAAAUAAAUAUGGAAUCUUUUGGUUUUGUAUUGGUGUAUAUCAAUGGAACAAUAUUAUUGAAUUAUCUUUAGAUUCAACUCAGUUGCUCGAUGCGCGUUCAUUAAUUGUAACAGUUAGCAAUUUUUUCAAUCAAAUACGAUUGGUUCAAAAAUUCAAAAAUUUCUUUUUUCAACAAAAGCAUUCUGCAGCUAUGGAUAGAGAGAUACCCGUGAUAGAUGUACCUUCUGGAACGAACGAUAUAGAUGAAAAUAUUGAAGACAAUGAUACAGACAGAAUUAAUCUCGAUUUAUUUGAAACAGAUGAUAAAACACCUAAAAUUGGGAUAAUCGAUUCGAAUGAAAAUAUUCAAACAGAAGAUGUUCUAGUGGGCUUUGUCGGCCUUAGUGGAUGUGGAAAAAGUCAAUUAUUAAGAUCAUUAACAGGUAAAGAAAUAUUUAAAUCAGGCAAUCGGCCAACAACAUAUAAAGCUUUCACUUUCUUUUUUGCUUCGUGA